GUCGAUCAUCGCGCAAUCACCUGACAGCGCGUGCAGUGUGCGUCUGCGUACUUGUGUUUUUGCGCUCGUUUCUUAAGAAGCAGCAGCGUUCGAGCGUUCGGAGCACGUUUUCCUGCACUCCCUGGUCCAGUAAAUGGUUUCCCGCCUUUAGAGAUGCCGGUAAUGUUUAUGAGCGAAGAUGUGCGCUCCUUGCUUAAAAACAAGCGCGUUGUUUUGAUGGGCUGCUCAAAUGUCAGGGCCAUCUACAAAGACAUGAUUUGCAUCUACCAGCACGAUCAGUUUAUCUCAAACCACAAGUUAAAAUUGAAGAUGGAAGAGAGUUGCUUCGGAGACAUCCUCGUUUGUCAUGGCAAGAAGCACAAUGGUCGUGAUUACAAAGAGGAAAGGCUGUUCAAGAUGCACAAGACGACCAUUGCCUUCUACUUCCUUACCAGAAUCUACAACGAUUACGUCAAAGCAAUCCUGGAAGGCAUGGUCGAUGAAUUCGUGCCAGACGUAGUCAUCGUUGGAUCUUGCCUCUGGGACAUCACACGUUGGGGGCCCAAUGGCGUCGAAGAGUACAAGACAAACCUGGCCGUGUUCUUCAGCGAACUCAACCGGAUACUCCCGCCGAGUUCUCUGGUGAUUUGGCUCACGGCAGCCCCUCUGGCUCAAGACGUGCGCGGUGGAUUCCUCAUACCACAGCUCGAGUUCCUCAAGUACUCGCUGAGAUUUCAUGUCCUCGAGGCCAACUCCUUCUGCAAAGAGACAGCUGACAAGUUCGGCAUCGAUGUCGUGGAUAUCCACUACCACCUGCGCAUGCUGCUGGAGCAUCGAGCCGGAGACGGAAUCCACUGGCUGCCCCUGGCUGUGCGUCUCUGUACCAAUCUGCUCCUCACGCACGCUGCCCUGUCAUGGGGCAGCAAAAUGCCAGCAGGUCACAAGUACAUCACGGGCGAAGAGAAGAAGAUCAUGCUGGCUGAAAAGAAUGGUUUCGACUAUGCGACCGACGAGGACAGUGCGAGCGAAUGCAGUAUGCUUCCUGCCGAGCUCUCCUUCAGCACCAUCCUUGGAUGUGAUGAGGAAGUCAAGAAAGAGGUGAUCAAGAACGCCACCGAGGUCCCACCAUCCGAGCGACCGAAGGCACGCAGGGGCAACUGGAGGGCCAGACGCUUCAAUGGGCAUCAUCCCUUUCGCGUCCCACGUCAAAACGGAAGGUGGCAAGAUCCGUGGCAGCCUGGUUUCCAACCUCAGGGACCAGGACCAUGGAACAACCAGGGCCAGCCUGAGCCUAAUGGCCAAAGCAAUGGCUUCUAGCGAAACGAGUUCAGGAAUUCGUUUCAGGAUACAAUGCAAUAGGACAUGCCAAAGAAUUUAAAUAUGAACGUUUAUGUAUAAAUGAUUGGGAAUAAGCAUCGUGUUGUGCCUUGGUUGUUUUAUUGAUGCCCAUUUUCCUAAAUAAAAAGCCCCAAUUACAGUG